AUGCUAACCAAUGACUUUGAUUGUAGUGAUCCUGAGCCUUCUCAUGGUUUGGUUGUUGAACUGUUUCAUCUGUUCUUUGCAGCAGAACUCCCCCCUCCAUAUACCGCCAUUGCCAGUCCUGAUGCCAGUGGUGUUCCUGUAAUAAACUGCCGUGUAUGCCAGUCGCUAAUCAAUUUGGAUGGCAAGCUUCACCAGCAUGUUGUUAAAUGCACAGUUUGCAAUGAAGCUACGCCAAUCAAAAACCCUCCUUCAGGAAAGAAGUAUGUUAGAUGUCCCUGUAAUUGUCUGCUUAUCUGUAAGGAUACAUCUCGGCGAAUAGGAUGUCCAAGGCCUAAUUGUAGACGCAUCAUUAACCUUGGUCCAGUGAUGUUGAUUCCAGAAGAGCAGCCAGCUCAGCCUGCCUUGCCAGUUCAGCCAGAAGGUACUCGGGUGGUGUGUGGACACUGUGGAAAUACAUUCCUGUGGAUGGAACUGAGAUUUAACACUUUGGCAAAAUGCCCACACUGCAAAAAAAUUUCCUCAGUAGGAAGUGCACUCCCUCGAAGACGCUGCUGUGCGUACAUUACCAUUGGAAUGAUAUGCAUCUUCAUUGGAGUUGGACUAACUGUUGGUACGCAAGAUUUUGCCAGGCGUUUCCAUGCAACAUAUGUUUCUUGGGCUAUUGCUUAUCUCUUAGGCUUGAUCUGCCUUAUUCGAGCCUGUUACUGGGGAGCCAUAAAAGUUAGUUAUCCAGAGCACAGUUUUGCGUAGAUUAUAGCACGUAAAAAAGUCUAGUGGUUCUGGAUGCUACAUGUUGGACAUUUUUUAAUGUUUUCCUUUAAGGAUUCCAUUCGGUUACAAGUAAUUUUAAGACUGGGGAUCUUUUAAUAACAAAUAUUCAUUGCACUACAUUUUAUGCAAAUAGUUUGUUUUGCUGCUAGAUUCCCAAGCUCUGAAAACUAAAGCUUUGUUUACAUGUUCAUGCACCUGUCUUAAAAGUGUUGUUGCAUUUAAUUCCAAUAAACAGUAUUAAGUUUUACAUUUCCUUUUUUUAUGUUAAGAUAAGUCUGUGCCAUUCUUUGGGUGGUCAGUAAGGACUCAAAAGCAACAGGUGUUUUCUAAGUGUUUCUACAAUAGCAUCACAUUUGUACUUACAUUUUCAUUAAAACUGCGUUAAAGUGGCUUGCUUUAAAAUCUAAGCAAUAAGCACUUUGCUUUAACUGCUUACUGUAACAUUUACCUAAGAUCAUAGUGACCUUAUUCAGGAAGUGAAAUUUGAGUGUACUUUUGAAGACUGACACUGUUGCUAGAGAGACAACAUUGGUAAACACUGUAUGCUUUCAGAUUUUCAGGUAGAGAGAUGCAAUAUUUUGGUAAUCCAGUUGGAAACAGAAACUUCAGUUUAUC